AUGGAGAAGUGCGAGUCACAGAAAAUGGCUGAUGACCGCUCAAGCGCUCCAGAUAACGCUGAGAAUCCGGGUCAUCCCGCACCCAAGCGUGAUACCGCUGCGCUCAUUGCAGCGUAUAUGGCACGGCACGCAGAGACCAGAAAGCAGUCAAGCCAGUAUUGCUACCGUCACAACCCAGCAUUUAGCAGCAAAAGAGCAGACAAUGUGAGCUUGCAAGACAUGCAAAAGUCGCUAGAGUCCUUCUCACCUGAGGACUGCCAGGUGAUCAGUCAUAUUUGGGGUGCGUUUGGCGCCGCCUCGAGUGAUCAAAGACAAGUUAUGUUACGGGGGAUUCUAGGCCAGUGUUGUCUGCCCCAGUUGAGUGAUGUGGCAUCUAUGAUUCGGGAUCUAGUGCGCAUCGACUUCAUCUCCCUGUUGCCAAUCGAACUGUCCUUUAAGGUACUCGGUUAUCUGGACGCUCGAUCGCUAAGCAUUGCAUCAAUGGUAUCCAAGCGCUGGAAGCAACUUGCAGACGAUGAUUAUGUUUGGUAUCACUUGUGCGAACAGCAUAUUGACCGAAAAUGCACAAACUGCGGAUGGGGCCUCCCCCUGCUUGAUCGAAAACGCCUUCAUAAGUCCAAGCAGGCUGUUUUGCAGCGACUUGAGGAUCUUUCAAUGUCCGAAAAGUUGUCAAACCCAGCGCUCUCUGCCCCGUGCGGGAAACGCAAACGGUCUGAGCCCUCCUCAGGAUCAUCUGCGGGCCAAAUGGAAUUCUCUUCCAAGUAUAGGUGCACCGACAGCACGCCCCGGAAGACCCGCCCUUGGAAAGAGGUUUAUAUCGAGCGUUACAAGAUUGAAAACAACUGGCGCAGCAACCGCUAUACUAUGCAAGUCUUCCAUCACACAUCUCCAGUUUUGUGCUUGCAAUUCGACGAGCAGUAUCUCAUGACAGGUACUUAUGAUGGCCACAUUAACAUCUGGUGCGUUGAAACUGGAGCUCUUGUACGAACACUUAUUGGACAUAUUCGGGCUAUUAGCGGGUUGAAGUUCGACAAUUGCAAGCUGGUCACUGGAUCAUGGGACCAAAGUGUGCGAGUUUGGAAUUACCAGACGGGACAGUGUCUGUCCACUUUUGGCGGGCUCGAUGCCAAGGUUCUGUGUAUUGAUACAAACAACAACCUGAUUGCUGCUGGGUCUACUGAUGCCACCGUCAAAGUGUGGGAUUUUCUAGAAAAGUCUUGCUUCACUCUUCGCGGUCAUACUGAGCCCGUCCAUUCUGUCAAAAUCCAUCACCCUUCAUCAACCCUGUAUUCGACAGGUGAAGACAUGACUGUCAAGAUGUGGGACCUCAAGACAAAGACUUGCGUGAGAUCGUUUGGUGGACCUAACGUUGGCCCCAAUGGUCAUGUAGCACAAAUCCAGCAGGCCCUACCGAUGACAAUCGAACAUCUUGAAGGUGACGACCACCACAUGGACUUCACAGACGACAAGGAUCCGGCCAGCAUUCAAGUGACUACAGCAGAGGAAGAAGAAAGUAAGGCCAAUCGUCGCCCCACUCAUCUUUUGACCGCCUCGCUUGACAACACCAUUAAGCUUUGGGAUAUCAAGACCGGCAAAUGCACCAGAACUCUGUUUGGCCAUGUCGAAGGUGUUUGGUGCGUCGCCGCAGAUAACUUCCGCAUUGUAUCUGGCGCCCACGACAAACUCGUCAAAGUAUGGGACGUGCAGUCUGGCAAGUGUUGGCAUACAUUCAGUGGCCACACCAAGCCGGUCUGCUGUGUUGAUCUGAACGACACCGGCUUUGCUUCAGGCGGCGACGACGGCAUCGUCCAGCUCUACUCUUUUGAAAACUGA